AUGGAGGGAGAAAAAGUAAUUCAUUAUUCUGCUCCGGCAGCGGCGACGGAGGGAGUGGCUUCGGUGUAUGCGGAAGGGAAGAAGAAGAGGGGGAGGCCAAAAAAGUAUGGACCAAAAAAGAAGCAAAGGUUGGAUGUUGAGAGUCCCCAAGGUGGACAGGUGGCAUUUUGUGUUUGUGCCAACCUCGGUUCUCAUGUAGUGACGGUAGAUCCUGGCGAGGAUGUCUUACACAAAUUAAUGUCAAUUUCAAAAAGAGAGGCUAAGAUCAUAUGUGUUCUUUCUGGAAGCGGUGUCGUGUCUGCCGUGACUCUUCGUCAAUCAAAUCCAUACGGGGAUACUAUGAACUACGAGGGGAGUUUUGACAUUCUUUCUUUGUCUGGAUUCUUCAUUCCAGACGAUAAUGGUGGAAUGAAAAGCAUAUUUGGGAACAUGAAUGUCUCGGUGGCAGGUCCAGAUGGACGUGUCAUGGGUGGUGAACUUGCUGGUUUGUUAACCGCUGCUGCUCCUGUCCAGGUCGCGAUUACAAGCUGUCUUCCUAGCUAUCAGGAGCCAAAACAGUUUGCACCAACUUCCUCCUGUGUUCAUGCUACAGGAGAAGGCGAGACUCAGGGAGCUUCUAAAUGA